AUAGAAUCCAAUGUUUCCUCUAAUAAUGUUUUAUAACUCUCUGUCGUUUCUUGAAAUAGGUGGGUAAUGGAUAUUCCCGUAUUUACUAUGGUGGGCUGCGAAGGUAACACCGAUACCAAUAUUAAUGGUAUAGACGAAGUCUCUGGGGAUGAUGUCAUUGACCGUGGUAUUGGAGCUUGCUCAAGUGGGACACUGAAUGAUAAUCGGCUAGUUACCGCAGCUGAGGCUUAUGAAGUGUAUAAUGGCUUUUCUUCAUUACAUGGUGGCGAGUUGGAGAUUCUCGACAAUGAUGCUGCUCCGCAACCUAGGUCAUGUCCUACAAGAUUGGAGAUGGUUUGCGUUGAUGAUACUUGUCCAUGGCAUUUGACUGCUCAAGUCGUCAAGAAUUCAGAAUGUUUCAAAAUCACAUCCGCUGCUAAAGCUUAUAGGGUGAGGGAUUUUGAAAAAUACUUCGAACAGUUAAGGGCUAAGAGUGCUGGAUGCGCAAAUUACUUAGAGGAAAUUGGAUUUGAGCAUUGGACAAGAGCUCACUGUAAAGGGGAACGCUACAAUAUCAUGUCUAGCAACAACUCGGAGUCUAUGAAUAAUGUCUUAACAAAAGCCAAAUCAUAUCCGAUUGUGUACAUGAUAGAGUUCAUUCGAGAGGUCCUAAUGCGAUGGUUCGCAGCGAGGAGGAAAAAAGUGGCUAGGUGUAAGUCUUUAGUGACGCCUGAGGUUGAUGAGCGUUUUCUCCAAGAUUUGCCUGCCUCAGGGAAAUACGCGGUGAAGAUGUCUGGACCGUGGAGUUAUCAAGUUACAAGCAAGUCAGGUGAGCAUUUUCAUGUCGUCCUGGACGAGUGUACGUGUACGUGUCUUAGGUACACAAAGUUAAGAAUCCCAUGUGAACACGGUCUAGCAGCUGCAAUCGAGUUUGGAAUAGAUCCGAAGGUUGCUGUCGGAUGGUGGUAUGGCCUUCAAACGUUUUCCGAUUCUUUUCAAGAACCCAUUCUACCUAUCGCGGAUCCGAAGGAUGUUGUCAUCCCACAACAUAUAUCGGAUUUGAUACUAAUUCCUCCAUACAGUAGACGACCACCAGGAAGACCAACAACCAAAAGGAUUCCAUCUAGAGGUGAAAACCGGCCUCACAGACACGCGUCUCCAUCGUCAGAUUCUCAAUCUCUGAUUCAUACACAUUGAAGCUUUUUUGCAUUGUAAUCGAAGUUCCUUCUAAGUUAUCAACUUUCUCUAUUAAGUCUUGUAUCUCCUCUACCAUACAAGAAUCCGUCCAUUUGAACACAUG